ACACAGAUUUUUCCCGUUAUGAUCUUCAUUCUAUAUGCCCAGGUUGAGGCCAAUUUUAAUGCCAUCCUCUGUGAGAUCAAGGCACAACUGGGUUUGACUUCGACCACGAAGUCCAAAUCUCCAACCUCGCCCCCAUCGUCCAAUGCGGUCUUAGGAGCGAAUUCUGCCCCAGAUCCCAACCUUCGUGACGCCUGUUGUCUAGCCACAGUGGCGUUAACCGAGCAUCCCUCGGCUUACAAGCAGUUUGCGGCCCAUCUUCCCUCCCUCCUUUCGGGUCUUCUCGCUAUGGUUGACGCGGAGCAGACCUCUGAUGAUGCAGGAGUUGACAGUGGCGUUACGAAUGCUACUGGGGCUUCACAACCUUCCCCUGCUGAAAAGGCUGCCACGGAUAUAUUGCAGCAUCCGCAAUUUCAUUUCUUUGCUUCUUAG